AUGGCUCCGCAUAACAUAGCACUCACUCACUCCCCUUCUCCAUAUACAUCCUCAUCUGACCCAGUUUCGGAGAAGAAGGAGAAGAGGAAGAAGAAGAAGAAGAAGAAGAAGAAGACGGAGGUGAGACGUGGGCGUAGUCUUAUAUUCAUAUUUAUAUUCUUCAUGUUGAGCUAGAUUGGGUGGUAGGUCAACAAAAUGAGCUCAUUUGGAACUCAGUCCAAAGUCGGCCCCGCGAGUGAGUCAUGAGUAAUGCCAACUUCGUUAGCAUUCUGUGGGAACAAAACCGAGUAAGAAUUUUCGUGGCGGAUGGAAGAAACAACAUGUCGGAUCAAAAGAAGUAGGAUCGACCAGAAAUUAAUUAAUACACAGAGCGCGCUGGAGUAUUUAGCGGGGGGGGGGGGUUUGCUCUUUCUGCAACCGAUAAAUUUUUUGCUACAAUUUGUCAAAACAACUUUCAGCUACAGUUUAAAUGCGAUUUGCAACAAAAACAUAAGCAAGAGCUGCAAACGGCAUCGUUUAAACUGCAAAAAUGAGGAAACGAGUAAAUAGAAGGGAAGUGCGUAGUGUGUACGCAGAAAAUUUUCACGCAUGAUUAAUUUCUUGGGGUUUUCUUUAGGUGAGGUCUCCAGAAUACUCCAAAAAUCUCUUAACGCAUUAGAGUUGAUUUUCAGCAAUCCUACAAUUGCAAAUAAAAAUGCGCAGUUAAAAAUUUGUGGACAAGAAGGAGGCAGAUGUCAUGUCCAAGUACAGUAAUUCAAUAUUUAUGAAGCGCACCAUAAAAUUUUCAAUGGUUUCCGCUCAGAAAUGCCUCCAAAAACGGGACGAAAUGCAUAGGGGGGGGGGGGUGUCGACCAAGUGUUAGAGGAAGGGUUAGAGGGAGAAAUAGAAAGAGCAAGAGUGACGUAUGUUUUGAUUCAAUCUCAAUCGCGUAAAAAGGCUCGCUUCGCCUUCACACGGACUCAGAUCUCGGAGAACUGCUCCAUAGUGCACCUAUUAUCUCAGUUCUCGGCUCAGUGAGCUUGAAGAAGAGGAAGAAGGUUGUUUGCUCCUAGAGAUUUUGAAAUGUUUUCUCCGUGUUAGGUAGUUUUUUCAGUUCUAUGUAUAGAUCUGACCUUAGAGCGUGACUACCAUGAAUUUUGUGAAAAUUGAACAUCCAGAAACCUUUGCCAGAAAACUGAAUAUUCUUGUUUCUAUGUGAAUGUGGAUACUCUCUCAAAACAUCAAAAACGACAUAGCAGCAGGCAAAGUGCACUUCCGAGUGAAAUGUUCGCGGUCAUUGCCCCUCGAAGGACCCUGGAAGGCCCACCGGGCCAGUGUUUGGCCAGAUGAGAUGAGACGAAAAUGAGAGGAGCAAACACAAAAGCAUUUGAGAAACGGAUACCGAAAACGUUGGAGCUCUCGGUUGGUCGAGGCCACGGCCGACCGACCACCCGCCCGUUUUUCAAAUAAAGUUUUGGCGGCGGCUAGUGACACCCUUUUGCGGACGGACGGCCGGACGACGGCAAGGGACGGGGCUUUCUCGAAAGGCGCGGUUCAUAAUGUAUUCAAAUGGAAGUGGUGGAAGUAUUUGUGUGUGUGUGUGUGUGUGCGUGACCGGACCGGAAAACGGCGUUUCCGAAAUUAAGAUGCGGAAAAAACUAGAAAUGCCAAGCAAGGAAGAAAUAAUAUUCCCAGUAGAGUUUCGACUGACUCAAACGUCUGAUGAGAGUUCAUGAGAUUGUACUUUUGUGCUCAAAUUGAUUGGGUUGAAUUCCGACGCAAAUUGACAGCUUUAGAAAGUACGAUUGGGGUGGUUCUAGACGGAAAUUUGAAUCGAAGUGACAGGUGCUAGGUGUAAAGUAAGUAGGCUGUUUUGAGAAUUUGCCUGCCUGAUUUUUAGUUGUAUUCGGCUGAAAAUCACGUACGAAGGUACAAAUUGGUAUCAUUUGUCAACAAAGAGUCGGGUACAAACUGUCAAAGAUGACCAGAAAUCCCUGUAAGGACAUAUUUCUUUAUUAGUGGCUAAAUCACAAUAAGUGCGGAUGAACUCUUACAUUAGGACAACAGUUAAACUAGAAUUAUCCAUUUGAGAUUAGCAAAAUCAGCUUUAGGACGGACGUUGAUAGGACAAAAGAAGGCCAAAAGCAAAGUCCGAGAAGAGCACAAAAAGUGGACCACGUUUUAUAAAUUCCCAACGGGAAGUUUUGACGGGGGCGCCGAGCCGACGGAUGAGGCCUUCGGUUCUGAGCCUGAGACAUCGGGAGAGCUACACCGCACCAAAAGAUGAGCACUCUCUUUCUCUUUCUCUCUCUCUCUCACUCCACUUGGUUUUUCCAGUUCAGUACUUGUAGGGUCGUAAAGUACACACAUCCAGUAACUCUUAAAUUAUGUAUCAUGAGAAUUUGCUGAAUUAUUCUCAAGCAACUGGAAACGAACGCAUUCUCGUGUUGUCCUUUUUAUCAUUCUUAUCUUAUUCUCAAGAGGAUCGGUGCAUCAACAAAAAAAAUGUUCAGCCGGCGUAAAACGUUUAAGGUCUGGGGGGAAACGCAAGAAAGAAGCACUAUGUGAGCACUAAUUGCAUGAAGAAGAAGGAGAAGAAGGAGGGGGAAGAAGAAAAAAAGGGAAAAGAAGAAGAAAGUAUCGUUAUGUGCAAGUAGUAGAAGAGAAACGAGAAGAGUUGUAGGGCAAAGCAGUUACAAAGAAGAGGGACGCAGUGAGAAGAAAAUAGAAAAUAGAAAAUAGAAACAAAAAAUGGAGCGAGGGUGAGGCAGAGGUGUUGGGUCUUUUUACACGAGCAUCCAGAUUUUUGAGCCAGGUUGACUGUACUUUCAGAUCUUUCAUCGUUUGAAACUUUGUAAACAUUGAAAAUGUUCAGGAUGAACAUGAGCUCAAAACUAAAACUAUGGUAGGCCAAUGCUUCCUAAGCUUGCACCGGAUGUCUCAAUAACACAUUCAGUCAGACGUUCACAAGACUAGCACUAACAUCAGCGACUUUGAAUGAAUUCUAAUCCUAAUCUCAUCUUCAUUCCCCUUUUGUACCCCUCAUUCCAUUCUGACAUGACUCACGCAGUCACGAAAUGGAUUGGAUUCAUGACGGAAGAGUGCUCGUGGUCUUCUGGUCACCUAGCGGAAAAGAAAGACGAUAAUCCUUGUGAAACCCUUCUCCUUCUUUCCAUUUCAGAGGCGAUGGGGAAAUAAUUCCCUCCAUCAUUCGUCGGCGGUGCCUCCCAACCCAUUUCCCAUCACAGGAUUGGACUGCUGCCGAGUCCCGAGUCGAGUUCAGAAAGAACGAGGUGCCUGAUCGAGAUUUACUGACUUUUUUCCAGCAGACUCAUUCAUUUCAUUUCACAUUCGUCGGAAAUUGAGGAAGUAGAAAGAAAUGGAAGGAAGGGGGGGGCGUUGAACGAAAGAAAAAAACGGGUAUGGAAUGGAAUGGCAAUUGUGGCAAAAAGAGGAAGAAGAAGAGCGGGGGGUACUUGAGAAAUAGAAAUAGAAAUACUACUGUACCACCACCCGCAAAAUUUUAGUUAGAGAGUGAGGUGCUCUUGAACAAAAUCGGCUUUUUGUUUGACUCAGUCACUCACCCAGAAAAAGGAAACACGGAGGUACGAACAAAAUGUCUGGAUUUCUGAAUUUCUGGAUUCCACAAAAAAAAACAAUGUUUACUACCCAGCGCCUUCAGAAACGGAUUAGGGCAAGAAAUAUUAGAAUUAGAAUUCGUCAUCAGAAAGAAAAGAAGCCAAGAGUAUGGAAUAUUAGAGUAUACGUCAUUGGAUUAGUGUUCUGAAGGAUUUUCUGAGAAAAUAAAUGGGAAAAAAGGGAGCGGGUAGGACAAGAUUUUCCGAUUACUGUGGACUAAGAAGGAGUUGAGUAGACGUCGACUUUGACCUCAAACUGCUAUUCCAUUCCUUUCCUUUUCCUAUUUCUCGUCACGUUGUCGCCGUCGCCGUCCGUCAGCUCCGUCAGCUCUGCCGAAGCGACGACGUCGCCGCUCUUUCCAAUUCAAAACAAACGUUUGUUAAUUAGAAUUUGUGUGUGUCUGUGUGUGUGUGUGUGUGUGUGCGGUUUUCUCUUCUCUAGCCACCCAUGCUCUUCGUUUAGACCUCCUCUUCCGGAUAUAAACGCAGCAUUUUUGCCCUCCUUGCUUGUUUCUCUUUCGCCCUCUCUCUCUCUCUUUUUCUUUCUCUCUAUCUCUAAUUAAGAAGCUGGGCUUCAGACGAAGGCAGAGAGAAGCUCGGAAAGCACGCGCUUUUGUUGAGAAUGACUAGAUGAAUGAAUAAAUGAGAAAAUAAAUGGAUGACAUCAGAGUUUUGUGAAAUUUGUUAAAUGAGUAAGGAGUUUUAAGUUUUUGUCUCGGUUUGCUCUUCAGAAUUACAUAGUUACGACUCUAUUAGUACAGUACUUGGCAAGAAUUGUUCGAACAUAGUUCCAAGCUCAUGUUUCUUUGCUCAACAAAUGAGCCCUCAAUCCGACUCCGCCUAAACCAUUACCCCAGGGAAAAGCAUAGUGCACGGAAGAGUACAUGGCUUUCUCGCAAAAUAGUGCACUCCUUUUUUUGGUUCUUUCCUCCGGUCCCAAGAGAAAAGAAUGAUGUUAUGCUUGCGAACGCAUCCUUUUUCGAAAAAUGUAAAAACUUGACGUCAAAUCGAACCGACGCUUUUGAUCUUUGCUUUUUUCCGCUAUCCCCUCGUCACUCAGCCAAGAGCGAAAAAGUGAAGGAAAAGGGGAAGGAUUGGGGUUGUUUUAUCCAGUUAAUGUUAAAGUCCCGAUCAAAAAUUAAAGUAACCUACCGCCGAGUUGUGAGAAGCAAAAAACAAGCAGAAAAAAAGAAUAAUUCCAUUACGUCACAAACACACCGGGGAGAAAACAUAAUAUAUUGGAAAAUAUACGUGUCUCGGUUGGCUACCACCAAAUACACAUAUAUUUAUAUAGGUGUCCUAAUUUCAUCCAUUCAUUCAAUUUUAGAAGAUUAGCGUUGGCUUCCAUGCCAUGAUUGACGGCGGCAGUCCACCGAUGGAAAACGAGAAAAGGGUAGGGUGGAAGCGUGUGGAAGGAAAGUGAUGUAUUAAUAUGGAAUGAGCGCGCAGCACGCAGUGCAGAUGAAAUCGAGAACAACGGGAAAACGAAGAAAUGAACCUACAUAGAACAAAAAGUAUCAGUAAAUGAUAAUUUCUAGGAAAAUUUCCGGUAUCCGAACUUGACUUGAACGUGAGUGAGUUCAACGCUUGGGAUAGUUUCGUCUGCUUGGAAAAAGUGAAAGUUGUGCAUUUUAUCAGAUUACUGUUCUCAGGAAAAAUACAAAUUCAGCGCUCACACAUUAGAAGCAGGUCAUCUUAUUUUCUGUGUUCAUCAGACGUCAAAGUUCCGGUGAGACCCGGCCGACCGACUGAAAGACUGGAAAAGAAGGGUUAAAAACAACAACGCUGACUUUUCCUUUAUUUUUUCGUUUUUCCAUCUUGCUUCUUCCCUUCACACUGCAAGUUUUUGUUGUGUCUAAUGGACUAGCCAGACGCAAGUUGAUUGCAGUCGCCGACGACGUGUUUUAGUCAGUUUUUCGCUGUAGAACUCUCAUUAGACGUCCACUAACUCGUUCAUUUUACUGAAUAAAUCAAAUGAUGAUUGGACAGGCCACGGGGUGUUGAAUGAAAUGGGUAAGUAGCCGAAACGCGAGUGCGAUUAUGGAUUACGGAUUAGCGACUGAAACUGAACACAGAAUAGAAUCGAGAACUAAAUUGCAACCAAGAUUAUUGAUGACUAAACUUGGCCGGGCCGGUAUGGUCAAAAUUAUAUAAUGGCAAACUCCUUCCUAAAUAUUAUACUGCUAGUUGCCGUUUUCUUUUUGUUGUCUAUCAACUUUUCCUAUUUCUGUACUAAGAAUAACUAUGCGUUGAGCAUUGAGAAGAGGUUUGGGAUUCCAAACAUUGCGAGGUACGUUUCAGUUUUAACUAAAAUGCUAGUACUGAAGCAACUACAGGAUAAAGCCGUUAAAAACGAGUCCAGGAGAAGAAAAUCAACUGAUCCCACCUUUUAUACCCUUCCGAUCUACUUUUGUGGUGGGUUACAGCCGGAUUAUACGCGUUCCGAUAUUAAAUGUUCGCUUCUUCCCAGACAUCGCCCAAAUACAGCUUAGCUGCUUGUCGAAUACAAAAAAAUCUGUCUACAAUUCUUCUCAAUCUUUUCUGUUUUUUGAACACUCCGCGGAAAUUCACUAGACGAGCUUCAUCUUUGACCAUUGAGUUCAAGAACUAGUGAGUCAGGACAAGAAAAAUGAGUAUCAACAUUUUUUGAUAUAGUGUGUCUGUUGAAACUUGUAAUGACACACAUGCAACUCAUAUUGGAGCAGAUCACAACUUCACAACACUACUGGCAAUCAUAAGAGAUCCUGUGGAGCGGUUUUUAUCCGGCUUUGUUGAUAAGUGUAUACAGUAAGUGUAGGAUUUUUGGUGAAUCAAGAGUUCCUGGCGAUUAUUUCAGCGAAGCCAACCACAAGAAAACCCGGUGUUACGGUUGCAAUAAGAACAUGAUGUGCGUGUUGAAAGCCCAAUACGAACGAUUCCAACUGAUCGCCGAUGGAAAAUUGACUAACUUUUCCUAUGAAGACCGUCAUUUUGCCCCCAUGUCAUGGUAACUAUUAAUCCUUCUUCCCCCAAAUUCUCUCAUUUCGCUUCAGGUUCUGCGAUUUCACCCGAGAAACUGUCAAAAAUUACCGGUUUUUGUACUUUGGUGAAACUGAAGAAGAGCAAGGAGAAACAGUUGAUGAACUCAUGACAGUUUUCGAGGAUCAUGGCGUGGACAAUCACACAACGACGUACAUUUCUGAAGAAUUAUCAGGUUAUUGCGCCACUGCUAAUGAUUUUCAUCAAACACUUAAGCAAAUCGAACAAAACAUAGUACAAGUGGAUCAAUGAUCAGAAUAAGAACGGGGUACGAGAUGAGGAAGAGCAAGGAAGCGAUGAAAAUGUUAUACCUGAUCUACGAAAAUGAUUACAAAGCGUUCAAUCUCAAUUCUCCGUUUUCAAAUUACCCAUAA